UGGAAUGUUAUGUUGACUCUUCCAUACUCUGACUUUUCCCUUUUCAUUUUGGGGCAUUUUUUUGGCAGUGAGAUUGAUUUUCUUUCUUUAUUUUAGGUCACUGACAAAACUAUAUAUCUUCUGAGAACUUUUGUGGAAUUAGUUUUUUUUUGUUUUUGGGUGAAUUAAGAAUUUUAUAAACCCAUCAAAACAACGGACAAAAUUUACCAUGGGCACGACAGCCCACCCCACAGCAGACAACCUCAGCCUCCAAAGUCGAUCUGGUAGAGUACUGACCAUUAGGAUCCCACACCACUGAAUCAUCCCUAUCUGAACGUGGCAGAAAAUCAGCAGGAGUGUUGGCUGCAAUAUACCUGCUAAUCCUAUUUCUUUGCCUUGGCCAUUUCCAUUCCGUCUGCUGCCGCUGUUCUUAUGACUGGAAAUAGGAACAGCUUCUUAUCAGCUUUCAAGGUCUUCAUUUGAAACCAACGAGGGUGACACAAACUGGGUGGGCAGUUCAAUGGAUACCACUGACACGACAAGGGGUUCUGCUGAAAACUCCAGCGAUCAAAGGCUGAAAGUCUAUAUAUGGGACAUGGAUGAGACUCUUAUAUUGCUCAAGUCAUUGUUAAACAGAACAUACGCAGAGGCCUUCAAUGGCUUAAAGGAUGUGCAGAAGGGUGUUGAAAUUGGGAAUGUAUGGGAGAACCACAUCCUUCAAGUCUGCGAUAACUAUUUCUUUUAUGAACAAAUUGAAAACUGCAAUGCACCCUUUCUUGAUGCCUUGAGCCAACAUGAUGAUGGGAGAGAUCUUUCUAAUUACGAUUUCCACCAGGAUGGUUUUAGUGGCCUACAAGAUGACAGCAGUAAAAGGAAAUUGGCAUACCGGCAUCGUGUUAUAGCACAGAAGUACAAAAAGGGUUUACAUAGAAUCUUUGAUCAAGAAAUGAGAAAGUUCUGGGAUGAUCUCUUUGACGUGACUGAUAGUUACACAGAUAGAUGGCUCUCUUCAGCUCGAUCCUGUUUGGAGCAGUGUUCUGGUGGGAAUGAGGACUUAACUCCUGGUACAACCUCAGCUGAUGGGAUCCAUGACUCCAUCAAAAAAUUUCGGCACAUCAAUGUUCUAGUGACUUCUGGUUCAUUGAUACCAAGCCUUGUCAAAUGCUUACUCUUUCGACUGGAUGACUUGAUAACAUAUGAGAAUGUCUACAGCUCAUGGGAUGUGGGAAAGCUCCAGUGUUUUUCGAUGAUUAAGGAGCGAUUCAGUGGCCCUAAUGUCCAGUUUUGUGUGAUUGGGGACGGAUGGGAGGAGUGUGAAGCUGCACAAGCAAUGAGAUGGCCCUUUGUUAAAAUCAACGUGGAACCAGGCGGUUCUCACCGAUUUCCAGGCCUCUCAUUGAGAACUCUGAACCACUAUUUCUCCAUUGUAUAUGGAAACGCUGUUGCGAAAGAAGAUGAUGAUUAAAUCAUCCCAUUUGAAGAAAUAGAAAAGCUGAAGCUGUCCCGAAGAAGGAUGUUGUACUUGAUCGUUAUGCUAGUUGAAAUUUGAUUGGUUUGCUUUAAAGAAA